AAAUAAAUAUGAAUAAUAAUUCUGGAGACUAAAAUACAUAUCAAUGUGAAUUUUGUAAAACUUUUGUACCAAAUAUAUGUAGAAUUAUACAUGAUUAGAAAUGUUCGGCAAAAUGUUAAUAACCUUAAACUAUGCCAUAAAAUAAUAUUACUAUGUAGAAUUAAGGACAACAAUCAAAUAAUAAUAAUAAUAAUAAAGUUGAUGGCAAAAUAGAUAGUAUGAAAUAAAAAUAAGAUGAUAAUUUGAAUUUAAAUAGCCAAAAUUUCUAAUAGAAAUAGAAUAUUAAUAAUUACAGCUCUUAAAUUGGAACUUAAUAAAAUCAGUUUUGCCAACUAAAUGAUGAUGUAUACGGAAGAUAGACGAAUCCAUAUAACCCCUAGACCUAAUGUUAAAAUAACAUCUUACAUUUUAAUAAUUAAAAGCAACAAUCACCAGUACAGGAUUCAAAUACAUAAAACUAAUUCGGAUAAUCACCCAAUAAGAACUAAUAAUAAAUACCUUAAAAUCCCAACCUGUUUCAAAGUGGUAAAUAAUGGGAACCAAUCAAGAAUAGUGAUUUUAAGAUUGAUUAACAAUUUUCAUAUAAGAAGGAUGCAUAUUGAUUAUAAUUUUGAAGGAAC